AUGGAUAUGCGCGACAACUUUGUUGACCGCGGAGCGGAAAUGGACGACGAUGACGAUGAGCUUGGUCAGGAAGAAUUUGAUGAGGACACCGGUGAAAUACGUAGAAAAGUUGACAAGUCGAAUAAGCCACCGAAAGACUUUGACGACAGCAGCGAGGAAGAGGAUGAUGAUGAUGACGAGGAGGCGGCAAAGGUUGUCCCGGCCACCCCGGUUGAGUCAUAGGGAGUUCACUACUAACUAAAGAUACAGAUUCGUGAAGGCUUUAUCGUUGAUGAUGAGGAAGAAGACGAAGAAGAAGAGCAGGAAGACGGGUCUAUGGUUCUGGUCAAGAAGCGUAAGAAGAAGAGGAGAAGAUCUAAUCGCGAGGAUGAGGAGGAGGAAGGUCUAGACGAAGAUGAUCUCGACUUGGUCUUGGAGAAUACCGGCCAUGAAAUUGAUAGAUCUAGCCAGGUUUGCCCCGCCCAAUUCAUCGCUCCCCCUGCCACUAUUGCUAGAAUAGCACCCCAAGCUUACUUACAUACCGGAUUUCUCUCAAGAGCAAAUUCAAACGAUUGAAGCGUGGAAGAGAAGAUGCCGAAAAGCGUCGUCGCCAGCACUCUCGUGAUUUAGAAGAAAUUUUUUCCGACGAAGAAGACGCACCCGGCGAGCCUGAUGACGAUGACGAAGGCCUCGACAAUCGCCGCGGUGGUGAGAAUGAGUUUGAAGACUUUAUUGAAGAAGAUGAGAUGUCCGAAGACGAACGCGGCGGAGGUGGAAGCGACGAUGACAUGCAAAUGGUCAGACGACGGAGAAGAGAGAGCAAUCAGCACCAAGGAAGCUACGCACCUCAGCGCCUGGGGCUGCGUGAGGGUGCUAUCUCUGAUAUGCAUGAUAUCUUUGGGAGAGGUGAUGAAUACGAUUUCGCUCUCGUGACAGAGGACGACCCACAAGAGGAGGAGGAGAGUAGGGAAAAGGAGUUGGAAUUGAAGGAUGUUUUCGAACCGAGCGAGUUGGUGGAGCGUAUGCUUACGGACGAGGAUAAUGCGAUCCGUCAAACUGACCAGCCGGAGCGAUUUCAAUUGGCCGGGAAGCCGUUCGCACAUCUCAGGGUUGGUGGAGAGGAACUCGAAGAGGAAACUGAAUGGAUCUCCAAGUUUGUUCUGGCUAAAAAGAACUUGCCUCCACACCAAGAGGAGCCCUUGGUGAAAACAAUUGGGAAUGUAUUGGAGUUCAUUGUAUUCGAGCAGAUGGAAGUUCCAUUCAUCUACCAGCAUAGGAAAGAUUACCUGAUCCAUACGGAGAGGGUUCCUACGCGUCGUCAUGGCGAUGGGGAAACUGGAUACGAGAUCGAAGCUACCAAACUUCUCACACAAGACGAUCUCUGGGAGAUUCUUGAACUGGACCUUAAGUUCAGAGCUUUCCUUGAUAAAUGUCGGGCAUAUGAGAAAACUUAUUCCAGUCUCAAAAAUUUUACGGAUACCUCGGAUGAUAGCGAGGCUGAAAAUGGACUUCAGCGUACGGAGACAAUUGAGCAAAUACAGGAUCUACACGAUUACAUUCAUUUCCGCUAUCACUCCCAGCUGAAAGAUAUUGCCGUCACUAGUGGCGAGGGUCGUGGAAACAGCUAUAGGAGGCCAGGGAGUAGCAAGACUAUCUAUGAGCGUAUCCGUAAUGGAAAGGUUUAUGGUAUGGUCCGUGCCUUUGGUUUGUCCGCAGUACAGUUUGCGAUGAACGUACGCUUUGACCAAAAGCGUGAAUAUGCCGAGGAUCCUCACGACUAUCCCCAUGUAAUCUCAGACCAGUAUACCGAUGAGCCCGAGUUCCCAAGUGGGGAGUCGGUAUUGCAGGCGGCCAAACUCAUGCUUGCUGAAGAGCUUUUCACAAAUCCGACCUUAAGGAGGUCGAUGAGAGAUAAAUGGUUCACGAGAGGCAUCAUCCACGUUAACGUGACGGAGAAGGGCGUCCGUCAGAUUGAUGAGCAGCAUCAGUACUAUGUAGACACUCUACCUGCAAAUUUCUCUUGAGAUGCUAAUUUUCUAUAGGAAUUCAAAUAUCUCAGGAAUCAGACUAUCCGGUCGAUUGCAGUACACCCUGCAAUGUACUUGCGUAUGAUGAAAGCGGAGCAGGAAGGCUAUGUCAACGUAGAUGUCAAUCUAGAGAAUGAAGACAAGUUCACUCGGCGAUUAUACGAGUACAUGACAUCUGAAAACGUCAGCGAUAUAGCUGAGUCUUGGAACAAGGAACGAAAGGAAGUCGUUGAUUUGGCGAUAGGGAAGUUCAAGUUAAUGUUUCAAAAAGCUAUCAAGGACGAAUUACGAACUGCCUGCGAGGACGCUAUCGCAGCCGAUUGCCGCAGAUCGUACCUCAAGGUAAUAUUUCCCCUAUUCAAUAUCUAAAAAACUAUCAACUAAUUAUUCUUUCAGAAGCUCGACCAGGCGCCCUACAAGCCGAAGGCAUUGAAGCUUGGUGAGAUUCCGCGAGUCUUCGCCUUCUCGAAUGGAUACGGAGAGAGGGGCCGGGAUGCUAUUGUCGGUGUCUUCAGGGACGAAGAUGGAAGGCUUCUCGAAACUGUCAAGUUUACUGAUCUUAAGGAUGACACGUCUCGAACCAACUUUAUCGAAGUUCUCAACCGUCGUAAACCCGACGUUAUCGCCGUGGCCGGUUUUAGUGUACAAACCCACAAACUUGUUGAGGAGAUUCGUGGUAUCGUCGAGGAGGAGGACAUCAAUGUUGUGGGUGACGACCCGGACGAUAGAUCCCUGACCGAGGUGAUGUUAGUAAACGACGAGGUAGCCCGUCUAUACCAGAACAGCGACCGCGCUGCCGUGGACCAUCCGGAACUUCCACCGCUUUCGCGAUAUUGUGUGGCCCUUGCAAAAUAUGUCCAGAAUCCACUCCUGGAAUACGCUGCGUUGGGUAAGAAUAUUGUCUCCAUCGCAUUCCAUCCGGCACAACAGCUUCUGCCCGAGAACAAGCUCCAGAAAGCUCUUGAAACCGCCAUGGUGGAUAUGGUGAAUCUGGUCGGCGUGGAUCUCAACGAAGCUGCCAGCAAGCCAUAUGUUGCAAACCUGCUUCAGUACGUCUGUGGCUUCGGCCCCCGAAAGGCAGUUAGCGUCCUGAAGGUUGUUCAGGCAAACGUAAGUCACAAUCGCAAUACCCAGCCAUUCAAUCGCUAAUUUACUCAAUAGGGUGGACGAGUAUCAAGUCGUCUUGAAUUGCUCGGAGAUCACGACCGGGGAAUUCUGCCGGUUGUCGGUCCUACGGUCUUUAUCAACUGUGCUAGUUUCCUCAUUAUACCCCAUGAUCCAGCGGACCGGAACUCUGACUACCUCGACAACACCAGAGUACAUCCCGAAGACUACGACUUGGGGCGUAAAAUGGCGGCAGAUGCUCUUGAUAUCGACGAGGAAGAUGUUGCCACUAUGGUAACAGAAGGCGGCCCCGGCGCUGUUAUCAAUGAGCUCAUCAACGGGCAGGAUGAGAAGGUAAACGAGUUGAGUCUUGAGGAUUAUGCCGAGGAGCUCGAGCGCAACUUCAAUCAGAAGAAGCGUGCUACUCUUGAGACCAUCAGAGCAGAAUUACAACAUGCUUACGAGGAGCUUCGGAAUAAGUAUCAGAAGCUUAGCAUCGACGAAAUAUUCACUAUGCUCACUGGUGAGACAAAAGAGACAUUGAGUGUUGGCAUGGUUGUUCCAGUUGUUAUUAGACGAGUUACAGAUAGGUAUUGUGCCGUCCGGCUCGCCUGCGGAAUAGAUGGAAAUGUCUCGUUGGAUGAGAUGCAUGAUGGCUCACCACAUUUCCUCCCAACCGAUAUCUACCAUGCUGGACAGACAGUACAAGCAAGGAUUGAAAAGCUCAAUGAGGAAACUUUUUUUGCAGAGCUCUCCCUCCGUGAAGACAAUAUUAGGAAUCCAUUGGUCAAGCGAAUUGAGUUCCUACCUGACGAAUGGGAUGACGUACGGGAGGAACGAGACAAGGCGAGAUUGUCAGUGGUCAACCAGGAGCAGACCCGCACAGCCAGGGUUAUAAAACAUCCCCUCUUUAAGCCGUACAACAGCAGACAAGCGCAGGAAUUCUUGGCCGGCCAAUCCCGAGGCGAUGCUAUCAUUCGACCUUCCUCCAAUGGCCCGGACCAUAUUGCAGUUACCUGGAAAGUAUCCGAUGGUAUUUACCAGCACAUAGACGUGCUCGAACUGGAUAAAGACAAUGAGUUUACAGUCGGUAAAACUCUGAAGGUAUCCGGCAAGUUCUCGUAUAGCGACUUGGACGAGUUGAUCGUUAUGCACGUCAAGGCUAUGGCCAAAAAGGUGGAUGAACUGAGUCACCACUCGAAGUUUAUUCAGGGGACAAAAGCGGAAGCUGGUAAGACUAUCCCUUUAUAUGAACCCACUUUGCACAUACUCAUAUCCCACAGAAAAAUGGUUGGAAAAGUACUGUGAAGCCAACCCGAAGAGGUCAAUGUAUGGUUUUUGCUUUGACACCCAGCGCCCAGGCUACUUUCACUUGCUCUACAAGGCCGGUGCCAAUGCCCGUAUAGGAAGCUGGGUAAGAUUUCCCCCAGCUGUAAUAACCCCCCACACUCACUAAUCCUUCUCAUAGCCCGUCAAAAUCAUCCCCCAGGCCUUCCAACUCAGGGACACCCCAUUCCCAGAUGUCAUGACACUCUGCAACGUGAGUUUGGCCUACCCUCCCCAUAUAUCCUUCCAACCCUCUAACAAAAAAAAACCAUCAGGGCUUCAAAACUAUGUUCCAGCACAACUCUCAAAAAUCUCGAUCGCGCAUUUAAAACCUUCAUGGACAAGAAAUGCAUUUACUUGGUCACCUGUUGUUUCCCGAUUUGCUUUGAUUCCUUGUACACAGUUUCAUUUUUCAGCUCUCAAUGGAUUUCGGAGUUUGUUUUUCUCUUUUUAUCCUUUUACUCCCAUUCUGUCUCCCUAUCAAUCCAGUUCUCACUGGAAAAAAAAUAAUAUCAAUCUCGCUCCCAUAA